UGAACUUUAGCGGGUAGCUCACAACUUUACUGUGGUUCACGAAAACAAGAAGAAGAAAAAAAGAAACUAAACUCCGGCAGCAGCAGCGGCAGCAGCAACAGCAGCAGCAGCAGCAGCAGCAGCAGCUUCCUCUCAGCUCAGUCCAGCCCAGGGGAAACGAGGAAGUGAACAGCUGACUGACUUCCAUUUGUUUUCCGCCGGGCAAGAAAAAUGGUGUACAGAUGUUGACUGUGGAGUCUCCAGACUGGGACAUGUUGUCUCUCAGAGCCAGACCUCCUCUGUCCUGACACAGGGAGUUUUACAACCAGGAUCCGGACUUGUCUACCUCAACACACGUGGAGUCCACUCCCUCUGUUUUACCUCUUAGGACAUCCACUACUCCUUUUCUACCUCAGCACGUACUGUACCCUCACGUAGCUGUUAUCAGCCAGCUCAGAAACGCCAACAGACCCUUCACUUUAUCACCACGGCUCUCAGGUGUCAGACAUCCAGCGAUAGUUGACAGGGUUUCUUCCUGCUUCGCUGCCAUAAUCGCUAUCUGACCCCUGUGCUGGGAGGAGCCACGUUACCGCCAUGUUACGUGUUGGUCUGUGAUGUCCGAGCCCUGUGAAGGACCAGGAGCUGGAUCAGGAGCAGAGGACGGAAAGGGGCGGGGUGACAGAGACUGUCCUCGGUUCGUGGUUGGCUGUGAAGAUGAUGAGCAGGACAUGGGUCAAAUGGAGACAGGCAUGAAGAACGAGAUGUUUCGAGAAGAAGAAAUGGAGGAUGAUGAAGAUGAGUCGCCAUCAGAGCGACAGAUUGUGGUCGGCAUAUGUGCCAUGAUGAAGAAGUCCAAAUCCAAGCCCAUGACUCAGAUCCUGGAGCGCCUUUGUAAGUUUGACUACAUCGACGUGGUCAUCUUUCCCGAGGAGGUGAUCCUGGAGGAGCCUGUGGAGAAAUGGCCGCUCUGCGACUGCCUCAUCUCCUUUCACUCCAAAGGUUUUCCUCUUGACAAAGCUGUGGAGUAUGCCCAGCUUAGGAAUCCACUGCUCAUCAACGACCUCAAUAUGCAGUAUUUCAUACAGGACAGGAGGGAAGUGUACCGGAUCCUACAAGAAGAGGGCAUUGACCUACCUCGUUAUGCUGUGUUAAACCGAGAUCCCGACAAUCCUGAAGAGUGUAACCUUGUGGAGGGGGAGGACCAUGUCGAGGUGAAUGGGGAGGUGUUCCCUAAACCCUUCGUGGAGAAACCUGUGUGUGCUGAGGACCACAAUGUCUACAUUUAUUACCCAACCUCUGCUGGAGGAGGCAGCCAAAGACUCUUCAGAAAGAUAGGGAGUCGUAGCAGCGUUUACUCCCCAGAGAGCAGCGUACGAAAGACUGGAUCCUACAUCUAUGAGGAGUUCAUGCCCACAGAUGGUACUGAUGUGAAGGUUUACACAGUGGGUCCAGACUACGCCCAUGCUGAGGCCCGAAAGUCUCCUGCUCUGGACGGAAAGGUAGAGAGGGAUAGUGAAGGGAAGGAGAUCCGCUACCCCGUCAUGCUGACCGCCAUGGAGAAGCUGGUGGCCCGCAAGGUCUGCCUGGCAUUCAAGCAAACGGUGUGUGGGUUUGAUCUGCUCAGAGCCAAUGGCCACUCCUUCGUCUGUGACGUUAACGGUUUCAGCUUCGUCAAAAACUCCAUGAAGUACUACGACGACUGUGCCAAAGUCCUGGGGAACAUGGUAAUGAGAGAGUUAGCCCCCCAGUUGCACAUCCCCUGGUCCAUCCCCAUGGAGGCUGAAGACAUCCCCAUCGUCCCCACAACCUCAGGAACCAUGAUGGAGCUGCGCUGCGUUAUUGCCAUCAUUCGCCAUGGAGACCGCACACCAAAGCAAAAGAUGAAAAUGGAGGUCCGACAUCCUCUAUUCUUCGAGUUGUUUGAGAAGUAUGGAGGCUACAAGUCAGGGAAGCUAAAGCUAAAGAAGCCAAAACAGCUACAGGAAGUGCUGGAUAUCGCCCGCCUGCUGCUGGACGAACUGGGCCAGCACAACGACUGUGAGAUCGAGGAGAAGAAAUCUAAACUGGAACAACUCAAGACUGUCCUGGAGAUGGAAUCCAGCUUGAAUGACACUCAGUACGGUCAUUUCUCAGGUAUCAACAGGAAGGUCCAGCUGACCUACCUGCGUAACGGCCAACCUAAAGCCUCCAGCGAAGAAGAAGACUCUAAGAAGGACGGUCCUUCUCUGCUGCUGGUGUUGAAGUGGGGCGGGGAGCUGACACCUGCAGGCCGGGUUCAGGCUGAGGAGCUGGGCAGGGCCUUUCGCUGCAUGUACCCUGGAGGUCAAGGUGACUAUGCUGGGUUUCCAGGCUGUGGCCUCCUGCGCCUGCACAGUACUUACCGCCAUGACUUGAAGAUCUACGCCUCUGACGAAGGCAGAGUGCAGAUGACAGCUGCUGCUUUCGCCAAGGGUCUGCUGGCUCUAGAGGGAGAGUUGACACCGAUCCUGGUCCAGAUGGUGAAGAGUGCCAACAUGAAUGGACUGCUGGACAGCGACAGCGACUCUCUGACUGACUGCCAACAGAAGGUGAAGGCCCGGCUACAUGAAAUCAUGCAGAAGGAUCAGGAGUAUACUCCGCAGGACUACGAGAAGUUGGCCCCAACAGGUAGCCCAUCACUGGUGAACUCCAUGAAGGUCAUAGAGAAUCCAGUCAAGACCUGUGACAAGGUGUACACCCUCAUCCAGAGUCUGACCUCACAGAUCCGAAAGAGACUGGAGGACCCCAAGUCUGCAGACCUGCAGCUUUACCACAGCGAGACGUUGGAGCUGAUGCUGCAGCGCUGGUCCAAACUAGAGAGAGACUUCCGCAUGAAGAACGGGCGCUAUGACAUCAGCAAGAUCCCAGACAUAUACGACUGUAUCAAAUAUGACUCGCAGCACAACGCCUCGCUGGGACUGGAGGACACGCUGGAGCUGUUCAGACUGUCACGUGCCCUGGCUGACAUAGUUAUACCACAGGAGUAUGGAAUCAGCAAAGCUGAGAAACUGGACAUUGCUCAGGCAUACUGUGUUCCUCUGAUGAAGAAAAUCCAGCUGGACCUGCAGAGGACCCAUGAGGAUGAGGCAGUUAACAAGCUGCACCCUCUGUAUUCUCGGGGUGUGAUGUCUCCUGGUCGUCACGUCCGGACACGUCUCUACUUCACCAGCGAGAGCCACGUUCACUCCCUGCUCAGCAUCUUCCGCUACGGAGGACUGCUGGAUGAGGAGAAGGACCAGCAGUGGAAACAGGCGAUGGAUUACCUGAGUGCUGUGACUGAACUCAACUAUAUGACACAGAUUGUCAUCAUGCUGUAUGAGGACAACAAUAAGGACCCAUCCUCAGAGGAGCGUUUCCAUGUUGAGCUUCACUUCAGUCCGGGAGUCAAAGGAUGUGAAGAUGAGGAGAACGUGCCUCUCGGCUUCGGCUUCCGCCCAGCCUCCUCUGAGAACCAAGACAAAAAGCCGAAUCAGGGCAGUCUGGAGGACCUCUCCCAGGACCAACCAGACCAGGCACUUCCUGUUUCAGAGCCAAUCAACAUCCAGCGAAGGUCUCCCAUGAUUCGCAACCGCAAGACCGGCUCCAUGGAGGUCCUCUCUGAGACCUCUCCCACCCAGUCCUCCAAAGGCUGCACAUCCCACCGACUCUUCCCCUCGUGUUCACGCCAGUCUCCUGAGAUCAAACCAACCAGUGGCUUAGGCUCGCUCUGCUCUGGCCUCUUCAGUGCCUCUGCCCUCGGGGUGUCCUGUAGCGCCCCCAACCUGCGGGACUACGUCCGCACUCACCACCACCACCACCGAAAACCACCCCUGUCCCCCGGCAGUCUGCCAUGCCAGAUUGGCAUGUUCGGGUUUGAAGGCUGCUCCAUGGUGCCCUCUAUCUAUCCACUGGAGACGCUGCACAACUCGCUCUCUCUGAAGCAGGUGGACGAGUUUCUCAACACGGUGUGUGAGAGCAGCAGCGAGGCCCACGCCAAAACCAUGAAAGCGCUCUCCAGUCUGUUUGACUCUCAGAGCCAGACGUCUCUCUACAGCCCUCAGCAGCCUCUGUCCUCCUCCGGGUCCGAGACGUCUCUUCGGCCUCCAAGUCGGCCUCUGUGGCAUGGCAGCAUCCCCUCCAGUGCUGUAUCCAGUGCAGGCCCCUCUUCCCCGAUCACAGAGAGCUCCGGCCUCAACUUCAGCUUCAGUGAGUAGAUUGUUUGUCUGAAAAACACAAGGACUUCUGGGUAUCUGAGGGCACGAUCUGAAGACCUCGGUGUAACCGUCUCUCCGGGCUUUUCUUCAUCUUUCCCUUUGUACUUCUGCUCACAUUCAUAAAAAAACACACUGGAGGGAGAUGCUGAUUCUGCAGAGAGGCCGCUCUGCCUCGGGUAUUACAAACACUCAGGCUGUAAAUAUAACCACUCAGACUGUUCACGGACUCUUCUGGUGCACCUCCACUCCAGCUCUACACAUCCACACCUUCCCUGCUCCGUACUGUGAGAAAACACUGGACCUUCAUCAACCUCUCAGCACCUCGAUCUUCCUCUUCAGUGUCUCUCUACACAUUCAUAAACCAGCUCCGACUGCGUAACAGUGCAUCAAGCCAACAUUCACACCAGUUGUGCCUUUACUUUUAUUUUGAUGCUGCCCACUUUAAAACACAAAUGCUAUUUUACAGAAUCUUUCAAACACCAGCUGCCUUGUGUCUGAACUUUCCUGCAGACAUUUACGGCUAAAAUACAGACUGAGUCAAAGUGUCGAUCGUGACCAUGCCCUAUUUUUUUCUUCUGUUGCAUUAAAACAAUAGAUCAGCCCGGCAUGAAAGAAAAUGGGCUGUUUUUGAACUUGAGGUGAAACUGAGUGACAGUUGACGACUUUGGGUUUCAGCACCAAAUAUUAGAACCUGGAGUGAGAAUCAAAGCCUAAAGAAAUGGUGUAAGCUCGGGGAAAUAUUUUUAUGUACUUUGUUGAGCUGAGAGUUUCAUGAGAAGAUUAAUACCACUCUCAUAUCUGUAUGCUAAAUAUGAUGCUACAGCCAGCAGCCAGUUACCCUCGUUUAUUGGCACAAAGACAGGAAACGAGGAGAAACAGCUAGUCUGGCUAUGUCCACAAAUAAAAGAACAGCAUCUGUAAUUAUUAACACCAUAUAUCUUGUUUGUUUAAUUUAUACAAAAACAGUGUAAAAACAUCUGUUUGUGGGUUUAUGUACUGUUGUGUGCUAAAUUAUUUAUCGGCUGGGUGCUGUAAGUCUUCUCACAUUGUAAUUUGUACACCGCAUUUUUCAUCUGAAUUAAAAACAAAUAGGAUGUAAUGUGUUAAUCAGUGAGCUUUAGACUGGAUGGUGGGUAGAUGUUACACCCUGUUUCCAGUGUGUGAGCUAAAAGCUAAGCUCUGCGGCUGCUAAAUUUAUCUUCAUAUUUAGUGUGAUGACAGAUGUGGGGAGCGAUGUCGAUCCUCUCACGCCUGGUUCAUAAAGAUGGUUCUGCUUGAAAAGGUUGCAGAUUGAAAACCCAGUAAUGGACCUCAUUCUCAGGCCAUUUUCAACUUGUAUCAAACUCUAAACAAAGGAGCAGGUACAGCUAAAAAGUGGCCAACUGUAAUGUACAAUGUUAAACAUCAUGCAACACCAGGAAUCUGACACUUCUGUAAUUUACAAGCUGGUUAAUCAGAAGAAUCUGGAGGGAUACAGGUUAUCAUUUUAAAGUUCUACAUGUGGCCUACGUUAGCUUGGUACCUGCUAAACUCGGUUAGCGGUACCUUUUGUUCACAGGGUUCUUAAUUUAUUCAUACAACCAGAAUAACAGGACUCCAUUUUGAACUGUUGUGUAAAAUACAGGUAUUUGUAUAAUGUACACCUCGAGCCAGCUUGAUCAAACUGUAACAGUCUUUUCAGUGAUCAUCUGCUGUUAAAUGGAAAUACAAUUAACCUGUAAAUGUGCCUUUAAAUAACUUGCGAGAGAGAUAUUGAAGUCAGAGUAUUCUACACACUGUGGGUCUCCUGCUGUAUUUUUACCUUUUCAUUUGGGGGGGGGGUAGCAAAUGAAAAUUGAAGAAAAUCUGUGGUAUAGAUUUAUUCUAGAAUUAAAGGGAAAAACCACUUGAUUAAGUAUCUAGUAUAAAUGUACUUUUACACAGUGACGACUACCUGAAUUCUGCAUUUUGUUUUGUUUUUGAGUUUUGAAGCUGAAUUCUCAGCCUGUUUGUGUGGACAUGCAGUCUGCUAUCACACCAAAUUACACGUGCAUGUUUAAUGUUAAAUUAAUCAAAUGAUGGUUUGUAAAGACAAGUGAUGCUCAGGUAGAUUAAUCAUGUAUCUAAAAAUGGAAAUUGGUUUUUAUCAACAUGUGACUGAACUGGGGUCAGUUCACUUUCAGUUCAUUUGGAAAAAAUGUGUUAAAUUUACAUUAAAUCUCUGAAGAAAUACUUUUAUUACUUUGACCAAAACAUGUAGAGUUACAGCUCUCAUAUCAUAGAACAAUGCUGUGCAGUUCUUUUAUAGUGUGCAGUGAUCAUGAGCGUUAUAUUUAUGGCGUGCUGUCUGUAACGCCAAAGGGAGAGAGAAAACGGCUCCCUGCUCACGCCAGCCGAGAGAAACUGAAAAUUAACUGACCCCCAAAACCUGCAAACACCUGCUGUAGAACAAACAUAUCUGUAUAUUUUAGCCAUCGUGGAAAGACUUUUAGACUUGAAUAGAGUUUAUUAAUUUUUACUUAAAGGAGGGUUGAUGUAGGUAAUUUUAGUUGUGUAUUUAUGUGAUUAUUUAAUGAGCUAUUUAAUGCCAGCCAAAGAGAUGUGUGUGUGUUCUGUGAGGAGUUUGGCUGCUGGAGAACAAAGUCGAGGUUUAAUGUGUAAAAUCUGUGACAUAUCUGUCGUGUUCGAUCCUUCAGGGUUCAGGUUGAGAUGUGAUGU